UUUAGUACAAACACGUAGUUGUGAAUCAUGUAUGCUCUCUGUCACUCUUAUGUCAUAUUGUUCGUGUUAGAGUGCGACGACUCGUGACAGACGUUCGUUGUUACUCGUGAGUCACAAAUGUAUAUUUGGUGGAAACCCGCGUUCUUACGGUCGGAUGCGCGUACUAGUGCAGAAAAUUUAUUAAAAACAGUAUAUAAAAUCAAUGAGAUAAAUUUAAAAUAGUAAAAAAACAUAAUUCAAUGUAUGCUUUAGCGGUAUUAAGUGAAAUUUUGUGAAUGCAUUUGAAUUUAAUGGCUUAAAAUUGUGAAUGAAAAAAGUGAGACUCCACAGGGCAACAGCAGCAGCGUAUACAGAGAAACUACCCGAACAACAAGGAGAAAGAAACAAGAAACACGACGACGAACGGUGUGUCUGAAAAAAAAUUUCACUAUUCAAUCUCGCGUGUAUAUGCGAAUUGAUGAAAUAUAAAAUUGAUAUAGCGUGUGUGUGUAUUUGUUUCCGUGUUUAUGACAAGAAGGAGCGUCAAAUCGUGGGUUAAAGACGAAAUUUUCUCGAUUGUUGUUGCCCGGGAGUCGGUUCGAAAUGUAAAAAGCUAUAAGUAAUAAAUGUAAUGUUUUAGAUUUCCAUCGAUCACAGAACAAAUCGCAACAUAUAUCUCAUCGUUAUUAAAGUUUAUAGAAAUUUCUAAAAAGAAAAAAUACACAUAUAUAGGAAUAUGCCCUUAUAUUGGACAAAACUUUUGCCAAUGUUUAAGUAUUAAUGUACUCCACUCAGCGACAUAGGAUAACACCUAAAUAAAAACUAUAAAUAUAUAGUGGAUAAUGAAUUUACAUUUAAAUGUAUAAAUAUUAGCUAUUCGUUUUAAUACUGACGUCUCCUGCAAUCGAAGGCUUCUGCACAACCAACUACUAAUAGGGAAAAUCGACAGGGAAACCUACAACAUAGCUUACUGAUUAUUCCGAAGAAGGGCGUUCUUGUUAACCGUUUUUGAAGAGGCAACCAACAAGUUGAAUAUCCAAAAAAUCAAAUCAAACACGAGCAUAAUGAUAACCAUUUUAAGUUGAUUUCCCCUUCAAUUGCUGUACAUGUGUGUUAAUUUAGCCGUAAAAUGCAGCCACCAAAGACAGGAGAAUCAAAGCACGUACAGCAGCAGCAGCAGUAUAUGGCAACAAACGUAUUAAGUACGGAUAUGUACUGCAUAAUAUACAAAUUGCUCUAUCAAAAGAAUUUUGGACAGCAGCAAAGGAUUUGAAAACACGAAACCGUUUAAAAAUUCCCAACAUAACUUAACACAACCAACGGCAAUUAUAUUAGUAAAAUUUCGAAAAGCACUCGUCUAUACCAACGAUUGGAAUAUUAGGGGAAGAAAUUGGCGUGCGGAGUUGAACGAAAGAGGAGUGAGGUAUAAGGUGAAAGUAAUUUGACCAAUUUUGACGGAGCCGAAGAAAGGUCGAACGCGGUAUACACUCGGCAACUAUUCUUUUGGCAAACAAGCCGAAGUGAAAUCGCUAAAAAGCUCCAUAAGCUACUGACCAGAAGCACAAAUUUGUAAUACAUUUUGUAUAUAAAAUACAAAUCGAAGUAAAAUACAGCGGAAGAAUUGUCUUGAUAAAGCGCAAGGAGGAGGAAAACUCAGAUUAAAAUUUAAGCAAAAUGUCACAAGAACCACCGCCCCGCAAUGAACCGUAUGUGGAACCAGUCAAUGGCGUUGUGCAGCCACCAACGGUGCCGCCACCAGAUCGGCCUGGACGUAACACAAAUCAACUACAGUAUCUCAUAAAGACGGUGAUGAAGGCCAUUUGGAAGCAUCAUUUCUCGUGGCCGUUUCAACAACCCGUCGACGCCAAAAAACUCAACCUGCCCGAUUAUCAUAAGAUCAUAAAGCAACCAAUGGAUUUGGGAACGGUAAAGAAGCGGCUAGAGAACAAUUACUACUGGUCGGCCAAGGAAGCUAUACAGGAUUUCAACACAAUGUUCUCUAAUUGUUAUGUGUACAAUAAGCCAGGCGAAGAUGUUGUUGUAAUGGCGCAGGCAUUAGAAAAGGUAUUUCUGCAAAAACUAGAAGGCAUGGCAAAGGAAGAAAUAGAAUUGGAACCGGUAACGCCCAGAGGCGGUGGGAAAAAGAAGCCUCGUCCACCGUCGGCAAAACCAACCGCUGCAAAUGCAUCACUACUCGGAGCUCCUGUGACGCCCGCUAGUGCAGCAACUAGAACGCCAAGCGCGGCCAGCACUCGGCCGUUAUCUGCCAUGGGUGGUACGGUAUCAUCAUCGGGCGGAACUCCAGGAUCUACGCCGGGUAUACCUCCUAUAGCGACUGUGCCACCACAAACAGUACCGGGUAGUACGAACACAACUACUACAGCUUUAGCAGCAGGUGCUCCAAGUACCUUAUUGUCCGGAGCAAACAUACUUCCAGCCAGUGGCGUAGCUGCCCAUGUAUCCUUGGUGGGCUCAGCAGUUGGAGCAGCGACAGGUGCUGUGGCAGGUUCUCUCGCUGUUAAUUCCAUUGAUGGUGGUAUAGCCGCUGUUGGAGCGAAUCCAUCAGCGUUAACCAAUACUGCCGCGGCCGUACCUGCGUAUCAUGUUAAUAGUACAGCAGGCGUUGAAGCUGUCAUACCCCCACAACAACCAGCCAAAAUGAAGAAAGGAGUGAAAAGAAAGGCUGACACUACAACACCAACCGCAAAUGCAUUUGAAUCACCCUAUGCACAAAUCGACUCCAAAAGUGCAAAAAUAGCAACGAGGCGUGAGUCCAAUCGGCAGGUAGGCAAAAAGGACGCUGGUUAUCCUAUGUCACCUAUAGGUGUUGGUGGGGCUGCUGGUGUAGCUGGGGGCGCCGUGGGUGUUCCGGGUUCAGCGAAGUCAAAGGAAAAACUUUCAGAUGCCUUGAAGUCCUGCAACGAGAUCCUUAAAGAACUCUUUUCGAAGAAACAUUCAGGUUAUGCAUGGCCUUUUUACAAGCCAGUCGACGCAGAGUUACUAGGGCUGCAUGAUUAUCACGACAUCAUAAAGAAACCAAUGGAUUUGGGAACUGUCAAAGGCAAAAUGGACAAUCGCGAGUACAAAAGUGCACCCGAAUUUGCCGCUGACGUGCGAUUAAUAUUCACAAACUGUUACAAAUACAAUCCCCCAGAUCAUGAUGUUGUUGCAAUGGGUCGCAAACUUCAAGAUGUCUUCGAAAUGCGUUACGCCAACAUACCCGAUGAACCUGUGGCAAAUGCUCAUGCGGCAGCCGUGGCAGCAGCGGCUGCUCAUCACGGCUACGGCAAGCAUGAUGCAUCCGAUUCAUCGUCCGACGAAUCAUCGGACAGUGAGAAUGAAUCAAAUUCUGAUGAGGAGCGCAAUGCCAAGCUCAAAAUGUUGGAGACAAAACUACUGGAUUUGCAAGAGGAAAUGCGAAAGCUAAUGGAAGAAGCCUCGAAUAAAAAGAAGGCCAAAAAGAAAAUGAAAGAGAAGAAGAAGGCCGCAGCUAGUGGAGCUAUAGGUGCCGGUGGAAUGGUGCCGGCUACAGGUGCUGGAGCAAUAGCACCUGGCGGUGCCGGCGCCGCCACAGGUGUUACAGGCGCCAUACAUGGUCACGAUAUCGCCUCUGGCAUAACAAUGGGUCAAAUUGCUAGUGGGGGCAAGGGCGCUAACAUGACUCCAAGUUUAGCGGGACAAGCUGCGGCGACGACUGGUAAAGGUGCUAAAAGUAAAGGACAACGUGGCCCGAAAGCUACAAAUGCAAGCGGCGCUGGCUCUGCAAAUGCAGGUGGUGCGACUGGAGGAGCUACGAAACGUACCAAAGGAAGUGCCGCAUCUGCUGCUAGUGGAGGUGCUGGUUCUGGAACGGGAACCAGAGGACCCAACAAAAAGAAACCCAGCACUCAGGCUCUGGUAUUCGAUUCUGAGGAAGAAGAUACCGCCAAACCAAUGUCAUAUGACGAAAAGAGGCAACUGUCGUUGGACAUCAAUAAACUGCCGGGUGAUAAACUAGGACGCGUUGUGCACAUCAUACAGAACCGCGAACCAUCGCUGCGCGACUCGAAUCCGGAUGAGAUAGAAAUUGACUUUGAGACUCUAAAACCUUCAACGCUGCGAGAACUCGAGAGCUAUGUCGCGUCUUGUCUACGCAAAAAAACCCAUAAAAAACCCUCUGGCAAAUCUAAGGAUGAGCAAAUGGCCGAAAAGAAACAGGAAUUGGAGAAACGUUUGCAAGAUGUUACGGAUCAAAUAGGUACCAACAAGAAACCAGCCAAAAAAGACGAAUCAUCGAAUAAAGUUGAAGCUGUUCAACCCGCAAAUCGCCCUUCAUCAAGCUCAAGUUCGAGCGACUCAUCCUCGUCCAGUUCAAGCGACAGUAGUUCUAGCGAUUCAAGUGACAGUGAAGCAGGCGAAACUGAAGGUCCACCAAAAAAGAAGAAAUCCCGCGAUUCAAAUAGCAGUAACGUAAAUAAUACUAUAUCAACAACGCCAACCAGUGCGAGUGGCAGUGGUGUUGCUGUGGCGGCGGGUGGAGUAACAGCAACGUCAGCUGCGGCAUCAACGGGAACGGCAGCAACAACGGCACAAUCUCUAACAGUACCAUCGGCAGCAACAACUGUAUGUGCUGCUGUAGCCACGCCAUCGAACUUAGGCACACAAACUUCAUUAUCGAGCGGAAGUGGCCAACAGACGAAUGUCACUGCACCAUUGGGCGGGACAGCAGGAGGGACACUAGGCGGCGGCGGCGGUGGUUCAAUGGUGGCUUCUGCAAACCCGCCAGCAGUUACAACGCAGCAGCAGCAUAUAACUGGAAUGAUGGGGGUGACAACAUCAACAUCGGGAAUUGCAGCAGUAGCAGCAGCUAACAACGGCAAUACCUUGGCUGCAGCAGCGGCAAUAAAUAAUAACAAUAUCAAUCCUCUUAAAACACCUUCAGUCACGCCUACAUCAGCAGCAACUCCAUCCGUCGUUCCAACAACAGGAGCAAUAUCUACGCUCGGUCUAUUCAGUAGUGUAAGUUCUGGUGUUGGAAGUGCCGGAAGUGUUGUUGGUGGGGCUAAUGGUGGCAGCACUAAUGGACCAAGUGACUUGACAAUGCCACCGACUUCUGCUGUAGGUGUGAACACUGCGACAGCUGCAACCGCUCUAACGACUGUUCUAAGUGGUGGUGCUGCUGCAGUUACCGUGGCCAGUACCGCUGGUGGCGCUAGCGCUAUUACAAACACAAGCAGCAGUACGGGUAGCAGUGGCGGCAGCGGCGGAGGAAUACGCAUUGCUAGUAAUCUACACAAACUACCUACAGAUGUGGCUGAUACACCAGCAAGUGUUGGUGGCGCUGCAGCUACUUCGUCGCAGAUAAACUCUGCGGCGUCAUUGGCAACAGGCCUUAAACAAAUUCCUCAAUUCGAUGACCCCGUUGAACAGUCGCUUGCUUCAUUGGAGCAACCAUCACUAUUGGCACCACCGCCAACCAGCAAAAGUGCUGCUGAUAACUUUCUUAUGGCGGCUGCGGGUAUUAAUGCGGCUCAUUUAAUGCAACAGCAAUCUACACCGCAGCAACAGCAACAAGUCUUUGGAAGCGGCCAACAACAGGCGCAAUCCAACCAAGGUCAUGGAGGAGGCAGCAAUCAACAUCAUGUAGAAUUUAUGAACGAAUUGUUGUCGAAAGGCGCUGCUGCGGCAGCUGCGGAAAAUGUUCCUGGUAUGAAUGGCAAUCAUUUUCCUCUGAUGCAAUUUGGUCUAAUGGAGGGGCUGAAUAUGAUGCAACAACAAUUCCAACAAGCCGUACAGCAUCACAAUAACGGUUACAAUAUGUCCGAUGUUGCGGCGCCCAACGCCCUGGAUACUCUUGGCUUGGGCUUGGGUCUAUCGCAUGGCGGCGGCGCCGGGGCACCCUCCCUAUUCGACCAAUUGCCCGGAAGAAACGAUAAUCAUUUGCUGGCCAUGAUGAUGAGUGGCGGAGCAGCUGGAAUGCCUAGCAACUUGUCUCUAGGGGGUCCUACCGUUGGAUCGGCGAUACAAGGAGUGAGCGGUAAAAAGGACACUAAUUCGACCAGCAGCAAUGGUGAUCAGGCACAACAACACUCAAGCAAAUUGCUUAUAACUCCCAAACCCAUCGAAUCUAUGAUGCCUAGUCCACCAGAUAAAAAAGGCCAACAUUCACAUGCAUCGCAGCAGGCAAUGGUUGGCGGGGUGGUAGCACCACCUCUACAAUCGCCAUCGGAAUUAAAAAUACCCUCAACAACGGCAGCCGGGGCAGCUGGUAAUCAAGCUAUUUUCGCCCAAGCAUUCAAAACUCACGAACCAAAUGUUAAAAAUCCCAGUUCGUGGUCAAUACUUGCGGGAUCGCCCCAAAACACCCCCACUUCGAACAAAGCCAAACCUGCCAUGGACUCAUUCCAACAAUUCCGCAACAAAGCCAAAGAAAAGGCCGACCGCCAAAAGCAACUGGAGGCCGCUGAAAAGGAGAAAGAACAGAAACGUCAGAAAGAAGCCGCCGAAAAGGAGCAGCAACGAAAGCAACAUCCCAAACCUCCGUCCCAUCUGGUAGGUUCAAGUUCUAACUCCAGCAAUAGUGGCAACGGCAAUGGAAGCGCUGUUGGCAAUAGUUUGGCUACAACUCUCACCGGAUCGCAUCACCAAUCAGUUGUUGCCUCUGGAGGAGUACAGCCACCCCACGCCCAUGGUGGUAGUGUGAGUGCAGCUCAUUUAGCUUCAUCAAUAAUGGAUGUUACGGAAAGUGGCAGGAAAAGUGUGCACGAUGUUCAGUCAUUAUCCCGCGUUGUUGAUGACAUCAAAGCUUCCCCACAAGGUUGUGGCUCCCCAGCUGGCACGGCCCAACAAUCGCCACAAGAUCGGGCUGCCGCCAAACGUGCCGAGUUGAGACGGAUGGAACAAGAGCGCCGAAGACGAGAAGCGAGAGCUGGACAAAUCGACAUGAAUAUGCAAAGUGAUUUAAUGGCAGCGUUCGAAGAGACGCUUUAAUAUAUGGCUAAAUAACUUCCACGUGGGAAACUGUUAAAAUAUAUCUCCUCUUUGUUGUCAUAAUAAAUAUUGGAUUUUCUAAUUGA